UGCUUGGUCAAGAAGGGGGGUGCAAAAACAUUAAACAAAAUCUUACAAAAAAUGUUUAAGGUGUUCAAAGUUUGUUAUCAGUCUUAGACUAACUUAAGUUUUGGAAUUCAAGGCAGCACUACAGUAGUUCAAAAUACUAUAAGUCCAAUAUUCUUGCAAUUUAGGUUUCCGAUUUCAAUCCGUAAAUGGGGAACGAGUUGACAUCUUGUAUGGAAACAUUAAACACGCCUUCUUUCAGGUAAAUGUCAUAUAAAAUAUUAAAAUAUAUGAACUUUGAUAUAGGGAGUUUUAUAGCGCGGUUAGGAGCCGUAUGGGAAAUUCUUUAUUGACUGCUGGUAUUAUCUAUUUUAGCCAUGUGAUCGUGAAAUGAUAAUAUUAAUACAUUUUCAUCUGAAGGUAGGUGUAUUUCUGGUAUCUGCAUGUACUUUACUUUUCUGUUAAAAUUCAUUCGCGCUGUAUUGCAUUCUGGUUAGUUCAGGUGCGGAUCUGGCUUGAUUUGUUUUGGGGAUUGCGGGGGCAUUCGUCCCCAGAAAAUGUUUGAAAUUUGAAGACCUGAAAUGCCAUUUCCUGCAUUUUGAGCUCUACGUUUAUUCGUUAAAUUUGUCCUCAUAGUACUUGUAUUUCGGGCAGAAAUCGAGGAAAGUGCUACGUUAUUUGGUGCUUGAAUAUUUUCUCCCAUAGUUGAAAAUGAAUCGUUUCCAUAUAAUAGGUAGUAUUCACAACUCAAAUAUGGAAUAUCAGAGUUUUCUUGAAGGGGGUGCUGGACACCACUAGGUGGUACCCCCCUGCACCCCACCAGUAGAUCCACCCCUGGGUUAGUUUCUAAAUUAUUACCCCGAGAAAGAAGAUGUGCACUAAACAAUCUUUCACCAAUUCCCCCCAAAGGUGUACUUUUCUUUUAUAAAAGGAGUAGAACAAGGUAUAUUUUGCUUUGUAGAACGCGAUUAUCAUUGGCAAGAAAAAAUAUCGUGAUAUCCAAUACUAUACCGAAGUAAGAAGAAGAAACUAAAUAGUCAAUUUAUCAAUUAGAAGGGUUCUGUACUCGGAAAUUUCAAGUGUAAAGCCCCGUUUACACGAUCAAAAUUUUAUUUUGACAAAUUUCAUAUGUCAAAGAUAUUUUGCUCGUGUAGAUGAUAAAUUUGUGACAAAUUUAAUGUGACAAAUGCAUUUGAACAAAAGCUAGCAUGCUAGCUUUUGAUCAAAUGCAUUUGAGAAAAUGAAAUUUGUCAAAUAAAAUUUGCUCCUGUGGGCGGGGCUUAAACUUUAUCUAACCAAAAUCGUGAAAUUUGUCAGUUAAUCUUGUCAAGUCAUCCGAUGUAAAAAAAACACAACAUAACAAUACACUGAAAUUUUCUAUUAUAGGUUGGAGAGAUCACAACAGACUUGGGUAAACAUCAACACAUGCACGACAGAGAUGAUUUGCAGGCGGAGCAGGUAUGUGGCAGUGAUUGAUCCAGCAUGAUCUUGUAGGGGAAGGUGUGCUCCACCAACUCUGGUGCCGAGUUGCGUCGGUCAUGUGUACCGCCCGCCAUCAACAUACUGUAUCUGAAUUGUAAUUGUUGUUCACAGUUUGCUUAUAUAACAUCAUGUUAUUGCUUAAAUUACUGUAUCUCAUUUUUUGUCUCUGUUAUUUUUUGCUUUAUCACGAAAAAUAGCACCCUCCUGCUGUCCUGCAUCCCCUAUGGCCAGGGCUAACUGCUAAGGGGGUGUACACGCCCCCAGUAAAUCCAUCCCUGGUAUGUGGGGCAAAACAUGAGAAAUUAUCUGUUUUCUUUUGUAAGUUUAUUUAUUUGCUUUCUGAUGUUUAAAGCGCCACUUACCCCGACGAUUUUUGGUAGUGUAAUAUUUGGGUCAUUCUAAGAAGAAAUGUAAUGUAUCUUUAUAGUAAAACACCUAAUCUUGAUCAUUCGAAGUACAUAUUGAAUGUUUUUGCAGGCUGAACGAGAACUCCGUCAAAGAUUAAAAGCGGCAUUCAAACACUUCAUCGACAGAGUAGAAGGAAUCACACACGGCCAAAUCGAGUUUGAUGUUCCAUUCAGAGAACUUGGGUAUGAACAUUAAUAACAGAUUCACUAAACUAAAAUAUUGAUUGACCCAUUCUAUUCACCCAUUUUCAUAUCAAUGCAUCACACAUUGAUGUCAAUGAUCGCACGUGUCAAUGUUGCUGGCACUUGAUGCCUAUUAAGCGCAAUGCUAUUGUGUAUAUGAACUAUGAAUAUUCGCCAUACAUGUCCUGUUGACAAGUCCUUGAAUUCGCUGCAAAUAUUUUUCACAUAACACAAGGUUCGUAGCGGUCUUUGAAAUCCUUGAAAGUCUUUAAAUUGGAAUGCAGGUCUUUGAAAAGUCUUUACAUUGCGUGAAAAAGCGAAGAAAGUCUUUAAAAGUCAUUAAAUUCUUCAGUGAGGAAUUGAUUAUACGAUUUCCUAGCUAAUAAAAUAGAUUAAUUGAAUCAAGAUUUUUGCAAAUAUCGACGAAAAGGCGCAUUUUAGGAUGCGAUCUGAUGGGACUAAUUACUGCAUGGGUAAAAAUGGUGCUUACACUCGCAAUUUUUCGCUGCUGAUUGCUCUCAAAGGUCUUUGAAAAGUCUUUGAAAAUAGACAGAAAAAAUCUUUGAAAGUCGUUGAAUUUUUUUGGUCUUGGAGACUACGAACCCUGUAACAUGUCUGUGCAUGUGCUUGAAAGUGCCAGUUACAUUUGUGGAUUUGUCUACAAUUGAAGGUUUGUUGGUGUUCCGUUCCGAAGUACAGUUUUACUUCAACCUACAACACAUUGUCUGGUCAUGUUGACAGAACAACCUGUCUUUGUCAUCACUUUGGAUGAGGUGGAGUUGGUACAUUUUGAAAGAGUUCAAGUAAGUUCAGGGUUCAGUACCCUCCCCUAAAAAAUGUUAUCAAUAGUGCCCACUGGAGUUUUUAUAAUUUUUGCAUAAUUUAAGGAAUGCCUCUCUUCCCUCUCUGUACCUCUCCGUCAGAUGGUCCAGUGUGUGUCGGAGAAGUAAAUGUCAUUAGACCAAUAACCAUUAUAGACGUACUUUAUGUUUAAUUUUGAGGGGAAAGCCCACACCCACUGCCCCUGGCAGGGUCCAGAUACAUGCCUUGUUGGUGAGGGUGGUAGGUUUCAAGAGAGAAAUAAUGGAUUUGAUAACUUAAUUGGCACCCCCCCCCCGCCCUUCGCCAAGGUUAGAAAGUGUGCGUACCUCCCUUGCACCCCCAUCCUCACCCCUUCCCCAUCAAGUAAAUCCAUCCAUGAUCUGACUUUGUUUCGGUCUGUAAUUCAUACUGCAAUCAGGACAUAUUCCAAGAAAACUUGACUUUCAAUACCCCUGAAUCAGAUAAGGCAUGUUUGUGCUCGUUGCCUCCUCCCCGCUUACAUAUUUACCGAAUUUAAAGCUUGGGCUUUAUUUUCCAUUUUUUACGGUGGAAACUAUACAUGUUAAUUAAACGAAAGUGUGAAAUGAUGGAAAUUGGUCUGGCGUUUAACAUUCACUUUUAAUCGUUAACAAUUUGUCCCUUGAAUCAGUCAUGCAAAGAUUGGUCGACAUAAUUUAUUGAAUUAAGUGGCGGUAUAUUGUCUUUUUUCUAGUUUCAUUUAAAGAAUUUCGAUAUGGUGUUCAUUUUCAAAGAAUAUACAAGAAAAGUGGAACACGUCAACUCUAUUCCAAUGACAUCACUGGACUCAGUUAAAGAAUGGUUAAAGUACGUACAAUAGACAACCAAUUUGCUUGCGUGCACACAGAAGGUUUGAAAUAACGGAAAUAUAUGGAAUAUAUAUAUUUUUGAAUUUUCCAGUUCGUGUGAUAUCAAAUACACCGAAGGCGUGCAGAGUUUGAACUGGGCAAGAAUUAUGAAAACGAUCACUAAUGACCCACAAGAUUUCAUAGAAAAUGGUGGCUGGAGUUUCUUGGAACCCGACAGCAGUGUAAGUUUCACAUUCGCUUAUACGUCAACUUACUCUGAUAGAAGCCAAAAUGAAGACAAUUGUAUUAAGUGAUUUUGGGCUUUAACGUAUACCUAAAUUGCAUACUUCUGCAAAACGUUACAAAGCCUAUUUGAAAAAGGAUCCCAUUACCAUAGAAAUAGACUGUCUCAUACUGUCUGUAUGACUAACGCCUGUAUUCUAAAAGCUCACUCGCACUCAAAGAGUGGAGGUUCAAUCCGAGCUUCCCUUGAGUGUCAGUGCUGUUUUUGAAUAGCUGGAGGGUGAGUACUCACAUAGAAGGCACGAGACUAACCCUCCAGCUAUUCAAAAACAGCACUGACACUCAAGCAGUCCUUGAAACUGCCGAAAUUUCAGGUCGGCAAGAAAUUGCCGACCUAAAAGCGAUAAUUCUCAAUCUAGGUCGGCAAAUAUUUUCAAAACAAAUAGAAAAUAUCCAAAUGAAAAUUUAAUUUGCUUGCUGCAAAUACAUGUAUUUAUAAACAGCAAUUAAUUGCAAUCAAUGCCAAUAGCAAACAAAACAACUAACAAAAUGUAUGAACUGCAAUCGAACAGUGCAUGUUGUGACCAAAGCUAUGUUUACAUUGUAUCGGAUCGGUUUUUGCUUCGUUCACGAAACGUUACGGCCCAAGUGUAAACAGCUUCCGCCCUCGCCCAUCUAAAUACAAAAAUAUUAUAAGUGAGCAGGCUAUACCCGCAAAUAAGAUUAGAAUAGCAAGUCUUUGUUUCCCAGAUGCCAUCUUGAGUCACGUAUUGAACCGAAAAUUGCUCCGAUUUGUGUUUACAUUACAAUGAGAGCGUUGCAAAAAGCGAUCCGAUACAUCGCGCACCGCUUCGAAGAGCGAACCGCCGCACCACCGGUCCGUUGCAGAAAUUGAGACGUUAACAACAUUUCAUAUGUAAACAGAAGCCCUAUCCGGUAUGGUUUUUGCGUCGGACGCAAAGUGAUCCGAUACAAUGUAAACAUAGCCCAAACAUCAUCGUUGAAAAUGCGUGUGUGAAAGAUACGUUCGCGGAAAAAAAUGCCGAGACGUAUUUGAAAGUAGGUCGGCAAAAUUUUGCCGACCUAAAUCUACACAUAUCGCUUUGCAGGUCGGCAUUUAGGUCGGCAUUGCCGAAUGCCGACCUGAGUUUCAAGGACUGCUCAAGAGAAGCUCAGAUUGAACCUCCACUCUUUGAGUGUGACUGUGUGAGUGAGUUUUAAGAACACAGGAAUUAGUCUUAACAAAUUGCAAACAUUUUCUAUGGACAACAACUUGUCUCUACAGUUUUUGGUUCACGCCUUUCUCGUGUUAUACUGUGAUUUUGUUUUAUAUAUGUCAGUGUAACUCGAAGGCUAAGAUUCCUGCGAGAGGGUUGAUAGUUGCAUUUUUCGCAGCUGUUCCUGGUUAGGUCUAAAAGUGUAUAAAAUUUACACUCGAAAUUUCCAUCUAAAAAAGCUUUCAAUAUUUAGUUCCAUCGAUGGACGACUUGCGCUUUGGACUAAAUUUUAAUCUAAGUAAGAACAACGAAAUCUAUCACCACAGCUAGAAAGAGCGUCUUGGAAUUAGUAAUAUUACAAUAACAAAGUUUGGUUGCGAAAUGUUGUAAAAUACGGAAAAUAUAGCCCUUCAAAGUUGGCAAAUUUGUAUACUUUUGUAUUACGUGCGCGAAUUGGUAACUAAAUUAGUUACCAAUUUCCGCACGUAGUAGAAAUGUAUACAAAUUUGCCAACUUCGCAGGGCUAUAUUUUCCGUAUUUUACAACAUUUCGCAACCAAACUUUGCAGUUUUUCUAAUUUUGAUAACUUCUUUCCGAAAAUAUCCUUUGUUAUUCCCAGAUUAAAAAUUUUUCUAAAGCGCAAGUCGUCCAAUGAGAUGCCCAAAUUCCACUCAAGAUCAAGAAAACAUCAUUGUUGAAAAGUUGAAAAUUUUCAACUUCAAAAUUUUUUUCCGACGGAAAAUUUGUGUCGGCCAAUCACAUUUUACAAAAUUUUCUUUCUGCUGAAAAUUUUCCUGAGUGGAAAUGGGCCUGUAAAGCGUCAGUAAAUUCUAACACCUUUUUGUUCACUUUCGUUUCCUGUGCAGGACGAAGAGCAAGCCGAGGAAGAGGAGGAAGAAAGCGAGUACGCUCCGAGUGGUUCCGAUGCUGUAGUGGAAAGUGACGAGAGUGAAUUAUCGGGAGAGACGGAAGAAAGCGAAGAAGAUUCAGGUAUAUGUCUCAGAUAUAUUUCAACUUUGUUUCUCUUCUUGAGCGAUCCAGUAGGUGGUGCCGCGGCAGUCAGCACUGAGAUUUGAUUCUGUUAUCUGAUUAUUAUUUCGCAGUUAGGGACCGGUCAUUUAUUUAUGGCGGGCGGUGGCACCGAAGAGUAAUGUUUUUCUUUGCAAAAAUUGUGCUGACCCAACCAUUAAAAAGAUCCAAAAAAAAAUUUUACCCAACCUCAAAUGUCAAUUAAAAAAACAAAUACCCACCCCUGGCCAAAACCUUUACAAAAGGAUACUAUAUUCAGUUGUCACACAUGUCCUUUUAUACCACUUCUGUGACAUAAGUUGGAUAACUGCUUGUGCAAUUUUCUGCAGUCUAAAGUUUCAUGUUGUCUGCACAUGUGCUUUCUUUGAAGACACCAUUUGCCUUCUGACAAAUUGGGAAAUGAUCAAUAUAGUGACUCUGAUUGAUUUACAUCUUGUAUUGACAUAUGACUGUUGACAUUUAAUUUUAGUCUUCAAUAUUUGAGCGAGUCAUGCUUUGGAAAUGACAAUAAAUUUUUGUUACCCAACCCUUGAGUUGUUUUGCUUUUCAUUUAAGUCAUUGUUCUAAAUCCAUUGUAUGUUUAAACUAAAGAUGGAUCAUUAAAUCGUUAUUCUUUCAUACCCUGCAUCCACUCUGUGCGAUGCUGGUUCGCUGCUGAAGUAGACUGUAUGAGGUUCACGAUUUUGAUUCCAUCGCUAUGUUUAGAAUUUGAAGAGGAACUUGGUACAGAUGAAGAGAGUGGAAAGGAUUGGUCAGAACUGGAAGAAGAGGCUACCAUGGGUAGGAAACUUGUCACUUUAUUCUGGUUUCAAAAUUGGCAGAUUGAAUACAAAAGGAUACUCCAUCCAGUUUUUGUUUUCAGAUCAGUACGUCAUAUUAUUAGUCAACUUCAUUCCCAGGCUCUUAACUCUCAUGCUGUUUACAUGAGCCCUACAUGUUCAUGCUGUUUACAUGAGCCCUACAGGGAGGGCUGGCCCUACUAGGCGAGAUCCCGCGUGCUAUUUGAAAUCCUUAUUAAAAAUUGUUUACGUUUACAUGAGAAGAGGGCCAGCCCUCCUAGGCGAGAUCCCACUAUUAUUCACCCGAGAUCUCGCCUAGUAGGGCUGGAAUUUUCUCAUAUAAACGCAGUAGAGAGGGCUGGCCCUCCUAGUAGGCUGAGUGAAAAAGCCGUCGAAUCGAUUUUAGACUAAACUCUUUGAAGCUUUUUUUGUUUUGAGGAUGUAGUUCUAAACGGAUAUUCAAAUGUCUGUUGGCUUUUAUUCCAAAAUUUAGUCGGCAAACUAUGAUUUUGGACGCCAAAAUAAAAAUAAUGAGUCGCACGGAAGCCAUUUAAGUGCUACUUGCGAAAGGAAGCUAUCCCUACCAGUAGGGCUGAUUUUUCUCGUGUAAACAAGCGGUGAAAAUUAGCCCUACUGCUAGGGCCAGCCCUCCCGGUAGGGCUCAUGUAAACAGCCCCUUAAAGGACAUUGGCAAUAAAAAAUUAGUUUGUAUCAUUCAAAAGAUUCAAAAUCAUACAAAAGAUUCAAAAUUAUGUAUUAAACUCUAUUACCGAUUUGUCAUAUCUUGCUUAUUUCUCGAAAUAUUUAGACCGAAAUUAAUGAGCUUUCCACCAUCUUGGAAAAAUUCUUUACCUCAUUAACUGCGGUUUUGAUGACGUCAGGAGUUGGGUUAACCAAAUAAAACUACUCUAAAAUGACCGAGUAACAAUCAAAAUUGUUUGAAGUGUUUUUAAUAAUUUCUAAAUUUCAGACAGCAACCAGAAACGAAGUUUUGGACCCAUAUUGAUCGCUUACUCUCAAGAUAAAAAAUUAGCGUGACCCCUCUCUUGACGUAACUUGCAUAUCCUCAAUAAUCCAAGAUGGCGAACAGCUUACUUUUCUCAGUCGAAAUAUUUUGAAAACUAAGCAAGAUAUAAACAAUCCGUAACAGAGUUUAACAUAUAGUUUUAAGAGUUCUUUCAAAUGAACUAAACUAAUUUUUUAUUGCCAAUGUCCUUUAAAGUCGAAAUAAGGACUUGUAGCCACAACAGUGGACCAGAAUGAUAGGGAAUGAUUUCUUUCUGUGUAGCUGACAUAGAGCGGGGUGGACAUGUAGAGGAGGAUACAAACUUAUCACGAAAACGGAAGAAAUCAUCUCAAAAACAUGAAACACCAAGCAAGAGAAAAAGACGCAAAUAGAGAAACAACAAAAAACUGUUGCGGCACGCAGGUAUGUAAAUACAAGAUGAAUUGAGUAAACUGCUGCUCUUACAAGACUUUGGGCUUGGCAGCUGUUUGGUUAGCCAGAGAACGACAAGAGGAACUUUAAAUAGAUGAACGAUAAGCCAUUUGAGGCACUCUGAGAGUAAAACUCAGAAACUAUGGAACAGUAUUUCCUAGCUAUGCUUUUCCAAAGGCAAACUACAGAAUAUUUGCCAGAUGCAUUUGCCUGUGGUGUAAAUAAACAACUUGAAGACUCUGACCAACACACGUAUGCAUUGAAAACGCGCAAGUUGUUGCAGAUCUGCAAACAAUUUGUAAUAAGGUUGUUGUCAAGCCGAUAUCAGGAUGUGUUCGCACUGCUUGUUCCCAGUUGUUGCGACAAGUCAGGAACAAGUUAUCACCUUGUUACAACGUUGGUGACGGUAACAGAUUUGCUACAAGUUGUUGCUACAAGUUUUUACAACAAGACUGAUGCACGCUGUUCUUACUGUCGUUCCAAUUGAAGUGUUGCUCAAAUAUUGAUUCAAUACAUUACCUCGGGCUGACCAAUUCAUUUGAUCAAGUUCCUCGAGGUAUUCAUACACUUCCUGUGAAAGAGCCGAUUCCAAGUAUUUGAUCAUUUCUGGUCACUUCCUUUCAAUUUAUGAUUGGUUAGUUGCACAAACAACAAAGGUGAUUGGUGCAUUCAAACUAUUCAACAGGAAGUUUACAAUUAUACUAGGAAGUGUAUGAAUAUCUCGAGGAACUUGAUGAAAUGAAUUGGUCAGCCCGAGGUAAUGUAUUGAAUCAAUAUUUGAGCAACACUUCAAUUGGAACGACAGUAACAGGUUGCUACAAGUUUGUUGUCAUCUACUUGUUUAACAACUAUUAUACGUGCAGACGAUAUCAGACUUGUUGGAACAACUUGUUGCAACACCAUAUCAGACUUGUUGGAACAACUCUGUUGGCCUUAUCAACCUUGUUACAAGAUGAUAACAACUUGUUCCAGACUCGUCAACAACUGGGAACAAGCAGUGCGAACACAACUUAUUUGUAAAGCUGUGAGAUUGUACUCGUGUAGUCCAAACGUCGCGCUUACUGUAUCAUGUGGCUAAACUAAUGUAAAUAUUUGAGCUCAGUCAUAGGUUUCAAACAUAUGUCCAACUUUUCUAGGUUGAAAUCUUAGUUCCUUAAUUAAAUUUGUUUGCCUACCACUGAGUUCAAUGCACGAUAAUUACGUCACGAAUACUUCCUUGGCAUGGGACCCUCAUUAAGAUGCAAGGCUGUUCACUCACCAUUCGUGGGAAUGAGGCACCGGGAGCAAGGGAGGGAAUUGUGACGUCAUGGUCGAAAAAGUGUAUUCCAUUAGCUUCGGUUUAAGAAAGGUUCGACGUUUGAACUUGACCUAAAAAACAGUAUUUGCUGGGUAGUGAUGCUUUAGGCAAAAUCAUGUUUGUUUCUAAAAGACUGUAUUAGUUUAAAGAAGGGCAAACGAGUAAACAUUUGCCAGCCCGGAUGAAAAGGGGACGAGAGUGCAUUAGCCUGUGUACAGCUGCAUGAGAGUUGUAUCUAUCAUGUAUUCUACUUAAAGGGGCCGUGUCACGGUUCUAUUGCGCAUCCAAAAUAUGCGCGAACUUGAAAAACUGUCUGCCAACAAUUAAUCAAGUUAGGAGUGAAAUACGAUAUGCUAUUUAUAACCCUUUGUUAUGCAGGACAUCCAUGCUUUGUUUUAAAAAUUGAAGGCUGCUGCAUCUUUUCCAAUCAUGUAUCAUUAAUUUUAAACGUUUCUUUGCGCCAUUUAUUUUAACCAAUCAGCGCCGUGACACUGCCCCUUUAAGUUCAAACAUAGUUGGAACAUCGUGACUGCCAACUGUCAUCAACUCUCUCGUCUGACCGGGGCUUCAGGGGUAGACAAUAGAAAGUGAGGUUUUCAAAGAACGAGGCAACAAAUAAAUUUGGUCGAAUUUUAUAGGGACGCUUGAGCUAUUGUGUUAGCUUCAGCUUAAUGACUGUUUCGCCCAAACAAAAGACCAUGGAACAAAACGAAUUUGUAAAUAGAAUAUUUUUUUUUCUUUUGUUGAAAGAAGCAAUUUUUGGCUACUCGCACGUACAAUGAUUCUCUCCAGAGAAUGCCAGAAAUGCAGUCAUCGAGCUUCAAGAGUAUAGAAAU